AUGUCCUCGCGACGGGCCCUUAUAAGCAACGAGCGCGGUACUAACUAUCUGAGCCACUACGACAGCACAGUAACCUACGACGACCACUACUGGUACAUCAAGCCGGGCAAAGACGAGAACGCCGGCCUCUACCUUAUCGUAAGCGCCUACACGGGCCGCGCCCUCUGGGCAAACUACCGCAACGGCGCAAACGGCGGAAACGGCGAGUUCCGUCUGCACUCCCCUGCGGGAAAUGGCAAUGUCUUCUCGAGGACUUAUAGUAAGCCUGAACUAGGUUGUUUGUCGGACUCGGACAAGAUCUACGACGACCACUGGUUCACGUUCGAGAUGGAGCCGUUGAAGUUCGCUAGGAUCGAGUAUGACGAGCAGCAUCCGGAGAUCCUUACGUCGCCCCGCUCUAAGGAAAUAGCCUAG